AUGGCUGCCGAAAACAAGCCGGAAGGACUGAAGAAAAUUCGUAAUCCGGAUCGAAUGUACAGAUCAGCUGUGUGUUAUUCCGGCCAUGCUGCUCCUAAGGGUGUCAGUGAUGACACAGAGAUGAACAAUGAACAUGGACAUUUGAAAAUAUACCUGCCCAAAAAGCUGCUUGAAUGUCUACCAAAAUGCUCCUCAUUGCCAAAAGAGAGACACCGGUGGAACACGAAUGAGGAAAUUGCAGCUUACUUGAUAACCUUUGAGAAGCAUGAUGAAUGGUUAACAACAUCCCCGAAAACAAGGCCACAGAAUGGGUCGAUGAUACUGUACAACCGUAAAAAGGUGAAGUACAGGAAGGACGGCUAUUGCUGGAAGAAGAGGAAAGAUGGCAAGACCACGCGAGAGGAUCACAUGAAGCUGAAAGUGCAGGGUGUUGAGUGUCUCUACGGCUGUUACGUGCACUCCUCCAUCAUCCCCACCUUUCACCGCAGGUGCUACUGGCUGCUGCAGAAUCCAGACAUCGUCUUGGUGCACUAUUUAAACGUGCCGGCCAUAGAGGACUGUGGGAAACCAUGCGGACCGAUCCUGUGCUCCAUCAACACAGACAAAAAGGAGUGGGCCAAGUGGACCAAGGAGGAGCUUGUUGGGCAGCUCAAACCGAUGUUUCAUGGUAUCAAAUGGACUUGCAGCAAUGGGAACAGCAGCUCUGGUUUCUCAGUGGAGCAGCUGGUGCAACAGAUACUGGACAGCCAUCAGACCAAGCCUCCUCCCCGGACUCACAACUGCCUCUGCACGGGCACGCUAGGUGCUGGGAGCAGUGUGCACCACAAGUGUAACAGUGCUAAACACCGUAUCAUCUCCCCUAAAGUGGACCCUCGCACUGGCACCUACAGCAGUGGUCACUCCGAGCUGCAAAACAGUGAUGUGUCUGAAGGCAAAACAGAACACAGCCAUGCUGGGGGAAAAGCAGGCACAGGGGCCACAGGAGGGGGCACGUCACGGGAAAAACGCAAUGGAAAAGUGCACAAGCCUGUACUACUGCACCAGAAUAGCACUGAGGUCUCAUCUACCAACCAGGUGGAAGUUCCAGAUACCACCCAGAGCUCACCUGUGUCCAUUAGCAGUGGCCUGAACUCAGACCCUGAUAUGGCUGACAGCCCUGCUGUUACAGGGAUGAGUCACGUGGCCUCAGUAAUGAGCAGCCUAUCUCAGAGCGUCUUCAUGUCAGAGGUACCAGGCGAUCCAGUAUACAGUAUGUCCCCCACAGGAGGUGCUAAUGCUCACCUCAUGGGCCCCGAUGCCACCUCCCAUGGAUUGGUGCUCACUGUCACCUCUGACAGCCACAAGUUUGCCUUUCCUGGCACUGGGGGCACAGAGGCAGGCACACCAGGAGCUACAGAUGGACUUGCCAUGCUCUCUGCGGCUGGAGUUUCUGAGGAGCUUGUCCUCUCAAGCAGCCUGGAUUCAAGCAACAUCAAGCUACCAGAGACCGCUAUGAACUUUGACCCAGACUGCUUCCUGAAUAACCCAAAGCAGGGCCAAACUUAUGGGGGCAGUGGGCUGAAGCAAGAGAAUGGCUCUUCAGGUACCUCCUCCUCUGUGGCCAGCACCAACGGCCUACAGCACUCUCCGCCAAUGUCCAACUCCACCUUCAGCUUCAGCUCAGAGAUCAUCAAGAACAUCAAGACUGAGGACACCUCCUUCGAACAGCAGCUGGCCAAGGAAAGUGGCUACCAGAUGGGGGCAGUAGUGAGCUGUAGUGUAUCCAAUGGUUCAGGCCCACAGAACUCACUAACAUUAACCCCAGCAGGCUCACUACUGCCUUCUGGAGGAGGAUUGAGUCCUAGUACCACCCUGGAGCAAAUGGAUUUCAGUGCCAUUGAUGCAAAGCCUGACUUCUCCUCCAGUACAUCAGUAGGUUAUGACCAGACAAUGACCAAUACUCAUCUGGCCCAUCAAAGCCACUCGCCAAGUUUCUUCCUUCAGGACACACAACAGUCAGCCCAGAACCAGCAAGGCAGGCAAAAUCCAAGCCAAAAGAGCCAUUUGCUGGAGCACAACUCCCAUGACAGGGCCUAUAUGGGAUUACAGGUGGUCAAAACAGACUCACCUGGUACUAAUGGCCAUCUCCACCACCACCAUGGCCACCAGAACCAGCACAGACCCAACUGCAAUGGAAGCUUGACCACAGAGAACCAAGGGCAGAGUGGAUCUCUUCAACUACUACAGUAUCCAGGAAGCUUCUCCACCCUUGGGACAGAGCAUGAGGAUGUGGUUGGUCAUGAUCAAGCUGGCAAUACAGCUUCCGGUCAGGCCAGUAGUGCUGACACCAGAUCAGAUGGCAUACUCAAGCCUGGGGAUCACCUGCAGGCCUGUGCAGGGGGCAGUACAGAGGGCGGAAGAUCAGAGCACUACCUGCAGCAAGGUUCUGAGAAUGGAGUAAGCAAUGAGGCUCUCAGGAAUGGGAAUUCCAGUGACAGCACUAAUGGCCAGCAGCAGCUUCAGCCUCUUCUACAGGGGGCUGGGCUGGUACAGGGGCUCUACAAUACCCACCAGGGUCUAAGUGGAGCUGGAACUGGCAGUACUGGAGGCACUGGCAUGGAAAUCAGCCUGGAUCACUUUGACAUCUCCUUUGGCAACCAGUUCUCUGACCUCAUCAAUGACUUCAUUUCAGUGGAUGGAGGAGUCACUGCUGUGGGUUCUGGUGGGGCACUCUAUGCCCACCAGCUGGUUGCACCACCUGGCUCAGAUGGGCAGGGAGCGUCAGGAGGAAACCAGCAGCAGGGCCAGGGGGAUGGGAACAACAGAGCAACAGGAUACAGCACUUCUGACCUCUGCCUCCAGUCUUGCUGCAGUCCCCAGGGUCUAGGUGGUGGAACAGCUGGUGCAGGGGCCUCUGGAGACACAAGCUCACUUUCCUACAUGCAUGUAGCUGAUGUUGUGUCAGCAGCUGUAGCGCAGGGCACACUGGGUAUGCUGCAGGCCACAGGGAGGUUAUUUAUGGUGACUGACUACUCUCCAGAAUGGUCCUAUCCAGAGGGUGGGGUUAAGGUGCUGAUCACUGGCCCAUGGCAGGAGGCUAGCAGUCAGUACAGCUGUCUGUUUGAUCAGCUCUCUGUCCCUGCUUCACUGAUCCAGCCCGGGGUUCUGCGUUGUUACUGCCCUGCCCAUGACACUGGCCUGGUGACCCUGCAGGUGGCAGUCAGUAAUCAGAUCAUCUCAAACUCGGUGGUGUUUGAGUACAAGGCCCGCGCGCUGCCCUCGCUGCCUUCAUCCCAGCACGACUGGCUCUCUCUGGACGAUAACCAGUUCAGAAUGUCCAUCUUGGAGCGGCUGGAACAGAUGGAGCGCAGGAUGGCCGAGAUGGCUGGCCAGCAGCAGCAACAGCAGCAGCAAAGCAAUGGAGCGGCUGGAGGAGCAGGAGCCGGGGGAGGAGGAGGAGCAGGAGGAGGUGGAAAUGGAGGGAACAGCAGUAGCAGCCAGCCUCAGUGCCUGUCAGGCCAGGGACAGGCAGGCAGCUCGUUUGAGAGCCGCGUCGUGGUCGUGUGUGAGAAGAUGAUGAACCGCGCAUGCUGGGCCAAAUCCAAACACCUGAUCCACUCUAAAACCUUCCGGGGAAUGACCCUGCUGCACCUUGCUGCAGGACAAGGCUAUGCCACACUCAUCAAAACUCUGAUCAAGUGGCGCACUAAGCAUGCAGACAGCAUUGAUCUGGAGCUUGAGGUGGACCCACUUAACGUCGACCACUUCUCUUGUACACCUUUGAUGUGGGCCUGUGCUCUGGGUCACCUCGAAGCAGCUGUGGUUCUGUACAAAUGGGACCGCAGAGCCCUGACCAUCCCAGACUCUCUGGGCCGCCUGCCACUGUCUAUCGCUCGCUCUCGAGGCCACACCAAACUGGCUGAGUGUCUGGAGCAGCUCCAGAGAGAGGAGCAGCAGCAGCCUCCUUCCACCCACAUGGCCUUCUCUCCUAACCCUGAUGCUCCCUCCUCUGACAGCUGGAUUGUCAGCUGGACCAACGAUGGCAUGGUGUCCCCCAGCAGCCACAAGAGCGGUGCAGCCAUUACUGCUACCACGAACUCCUCCAGCAACAUCACUCCUGACUUGAGACGCCCCAGAUCUGAGCCCUCCAGCUACUACAGCAGCGAGUGCCAGCGGGAUCUCCCUGCAGCUAAGAAACACAAACCGAACCCAGAAGUGGCUCAGACACGGCCGAAUAAAGCUGUCUCGGUUCCCUUGAGCCUUGAGCACCAGCAGCUCCACAAGCUCUCCACCAGCCCUGCAGAAACACCCAGUGCUGAGCAAAACAUGGGUUCUGAAGGCAUCAAAAUUGGUGGCAUCUCACAGGUCAAGUUGAGUUCGUUUCGCACAGCGGGGCAUAAGUGGAGCUCUAGAGAGGUGUACAGAAAAGUAUCGGGAGGAGGUGGGGGAAGCAGCAUGGGGAAGGAGAAGUUGGCGACCAGGCUGCGUCAGCGAGGAGAGAACCUUAGCAUGAUGACCAUGACGGGCAGAGAGAUGGUGGACACCGAGCUGCUCAGCUAUAAGGAGGAUUUGGAGAACCAGGACUGUCUUUCACACAUGGAAGACCUGCAGGCAAACAUGAUGACCUUGGCGGAGCACAUAAUCGAGGUGACACCAGAGCGCAUUAAGAGGGAGAACUUCUCAGCUGUAGAGUCUGUUCCUCUGGACAGCAGCGGCCUGAGCAGCACCAUGAGCUGGCUUGCUACUUACCUGGGAGACGUGGAGCAGCUGCCAAGCAUCAUCCAUCUGAGGUCUCUGUAUAAUGAACCCCUUACCCCCAAUCCGGGUCUGAGUCCAGACGGUUCCCCUCAGUGUGACGGUCCAUUUGAGAAGGGUGCUCUGCCCUCCCCGGCCAACUGGACCGAGUUCCUGAACGCUUCCAACAGCAAGAUGGAGCGGGAGCUGUCACAGCUCACCCUUACCGACCUGGAGCAGAGGGAGUUGUAUGAGGCUGCUCGGCUGGUACAGAGCGCCUUCCGCAAGUACAAGGAACGCCCACUGCGUGAGCAGCAGGAAGUAGCAGCUGCUGUUAUCCAGCGCUGUUACAGAAAAUACAAACAGCUAACAUGGAUAGCAUUGAAGUACGCACUUUAUAAGAAGAUGACGCAGGCUGCCAUCCUCAUCCAGAGUAAGUUCCGGAGUUACCACGAGCAGAAGAAGUUCCAGCAGAGUCGACGGGCGGCCGUGCUGAUCCAGCAAUACUACCGCAGCUACAGAGAGUUCCGUCAGCUCCGGCCUCACAGACGCACCGCCACCUCGGCCCUGGUGCAGCACAAGCUCAGAAGUAGUUUGCUCACUAAGAGACAGGAGCAAGCUGCCCGCAAGAUCAUGCGAUACCUCCGCCGCUGCCGCCACAGCCCCUUGAUGGACCAUAGACUGUUCAAGCGGGUGAGUGCAGCCUCAGCAACCCAAGCGAGAGAAUUGAGAAAGGCCAGGGAACAUGAGAAUACCCAGAAGAGCCCCCUCACAAUGUGACAUCCCUCUCCAGACUUGUUUUCCUGAUUUUUCUGUUUCAACCAGACCUUUUACAAGAGGAAAAAAAAAAAAAUUCAAGCGGGAAGAGUACAACUCAGAAUACAGAACUACACAGAACUACAGACUUCUCCUACUAUACAACACCACUUUUUCAUAUCUCUUUCUUCCUUCUGUCUUUCUUUUAUAAGAGAAAGAGCUGACUUGAAGAGUGGAUUUAAAAAAGACAAACAAACUCAAAGUGAGGAUGUGAUUGGAGGAAGGACAUUUGCUUCAUGGCAUUUUUUGCACUUUUUCAUGGAUUUGGUUUGUUAUUUUGAAGCACAUUGACAAGAAAAGGAAAGGACGUUGGAACAGUGCGACUCUUCAGAGGAAAGACUGGAAAAAAAUAUGGAAUCGAUACAGAAACCUGGCAGGACCUGGCUCGAAUCGUAGUGCAUUGUUUAAACAAAUUUAAUACGUAGAAAUGUUGCGAGGCAUAUAAAAAUGCUCAAAAAAAUUCCAUUUAUAUGAGAAAAUAAAUAUCUUAAUUAUAUUAUAUU